AUGAUUACAGAAGCAAGAACAGCACGACACUUACAAUAUGAAGAUUUCACUGCUGGUUGGCCGUUGACAGAUGAGAGUGAGUGUGUUGGUGCUGGGUCUGAUAUUGAGUUCUGGGGGCCUUUGAGGAAUAGAACAAUCCAAGAUAGUUUUGAAGGCAUUUCUUGUCUUUCGAAACUUCUUGAAGACUUCUACAAAUCAAAGGGGGAAGAGUGUAGUAUGAUUGAAGCAGCUAUACAAACUAGCCGCAAGGCAUUUGUCAAUGGUUGUAUUCAGGUUGAUGAAAACCACGACAUAAAUUCUGCAUACUCCCCAGUUUACAAGGAUUUCUUUGGAAAAGUUGUUGUCUUCUUUGAGCACAGGCUCAACAACAAGAGGUGGCCGCUUGCUCUUGUAGAGAUUGCGGCAGUCCAUUUGGUAAAUGGUAUACCAGUUGUUAACAAUAGGCAAAUGAAGCCAAAGGUAGUUCACCUGGCAGAUGUCAAAGAAUUGGUUGGUUUGGUGAAGUUGGACGCGACUAUAAAUACAACAACAACAACAAUAACAAUAACAUACAUAGUGUGGCCAGAGCUUAACCGCGGCCCAAAAUUGUCACUUGGUUCUCUUGCAGACCUAUAA